UUAAACUUGGUUUUAAAGGAUGAGGAAAACAGAAAGCAAGUUCUUGUCGUUGGUCUUGACGGCGCAGGGAAAACAAGUGUUCUGCACAGUCUGUCUACCAAUACAGUCAAAAGGAGUCAUGGGCCUACUGUGAUGUUUAACAGUGUGUGUGUUAAAACUGAAGAUGCUGAGAUAGAAUUUUUAGAAGUUGGCGGUAGUAAAUCUCUGCGUAAAUGUUGGUCCUCUUAUCUACCUGGAUCACAGGCCUUGGUUUAUGUGGUGGAUUCAGCAGACCGUAAUCAGAUGCCACUUGCUAAGAAAGAACUACACCAACUGGUCCAAGGACAUGCAACACUUCCUGUUGUUGUUUUAGCCAACAAACAGGAUAUUAAAGGUGCCUGCACUAUUUCAGAAAUCCAUGAGCAGCUUUCCCUUGCGAAGUUAGGUGAUAAAAGGAAGCUUUUCCUCAUUGGAACACAUGUUGCUGAAGAUGGAUCGCAAAUACCAACAAGUAUGCAGGAUGCCAAGGAACUUAUUACCCAGUUGGUGAUCUACUGAGGAGUGAAUGUGCACACAAUUUUUCUAUUUCUGCCUUGAAUUCCUUCUCAUCAUUGUAUUUGAUGUAAUAUUUUUACUAAACUACUAUCGGGUCA